UAUAGGUUACGUUUGUAGGGUUUAAGGUUAUGUUGUUCAUUUGCAGUGUUUGCAGGUCGAAGACUGUAACAACACACGUGUUUUAUAACAUAAAUAAUUAUUUUCGUUCCUUGUUAGUGUUUCUAUUGACGAAAUGGGUAAGAGGAAGGCAGGUUUUCGGAAGGGCAGAGCCUCGCGCGCAAAAGUAAGCAAAGUGGAAGAAGCACAACCAGGUGAAGACAACAGAAUACCUUACCAGGAUAUUGUCAAGGGGAACGAGAAAUUUGAACAGUACUACAAGACUGUGGGUAUUUGCAAGGAAAGUGAAUGGGAUGAAUUCAUGCAAUCCAUUAAAUCAGAUUUGCCAACGACAUUCAGAAUAACUGGAUCCAAGAGUGUGGCAAAAAAAAUGGUUGAAGUUGUUAAAGGGCAAUUCCUGAAAGAUUGCUUAAACAAUGGCCACACAAAUGAAUUUGACACAACAAUUUAUCCGUUGCCAUGGUAUCCUGAUAAUCUGGCUUGGCAGAUGAACUUAACGAAAAAAGAAAUCAGACGUGAAGAGGCUUUUUACAAGUUGCACAACUUUUUAAUUAUGGAGACGGAGAAUGGUACAAUUUCGCGGCAAGAAACUGUUAGCAUGUUGCCGCCGCUCGUACUCGAUGUUAAGCCACAUCACACAGUUUUAGAUAUGUGCGCCGCUCCGGGAUCGAAAACCGCGCAAUUAUUGGAGAUGUUGCACGGCGAAGACGACGCCAUCCCAUCUGGAUACGUAAUUGCCAAUGAUGUUGAUAACAAAAGAUGUUAUAUGUUGGUUCAUCAAGCGAAGCGUCUGAAUUCACCGUGCUUGGCUGUCAUCAACCACGACAGUGCUAUUCUUCCGAAUUUGACGUGUUCAAUGCCAAACGGUUCAAUGGAGCAAGUGCAGUUCGAUAGGAUUCUUUGCGAUGUGCCGUGCUCUGGCGAUGGUACUUUACGUAAGAAUCCCGACAUCUGGAUGAAAUGGACUCAGGCCAAUGCAAUUAAUCUGCACGGAGUUCAAUCGAGGAUUUUCAGGAGGGGCUGCGAACUGUUGAAAGUCGGUGGUCGCUUGGUCUAUUCAACGUGCUCUCUGAAUCCACUAGAGAACGAAGCUGUAAUCCACAGAUUGUUGUCCGAGACUGACGGUGCAAUGAGGUUGGUGGACGUCACCUCCACUCUUCCAGGCCUGAAUUAUUCUCCGGGCAUGGAAAGUUGGGUAGUCGGGUCGAGGAAUUUAGAGUUUUACAAGACAUGGGAAGAGGUUGACGAAAAUUGGAGAACGACGAUUCGGCCGCAGAUGUUCCCACCGAAGCCGGAGGACAGAGCCAAAUACGAGCUGAAUAAGUGCAUUCGUAUUUUGCCGCACCAGCAGAACACUGGCGCCUUCUUCGUAGCGGUUUUAGAGAAGCUGAAGCCGAUCAGUCCGAAGGAGAAGUCUUUCAAGAUCAUGAAUGCGGAAGAGGAGAGGCUGAAGAAGGAAAAGGAAGACAGGUUGCCGGAGAAUCAGAGGAAGAGGAGGAGGAGGGACGGAUACAGGGAAGAUCCUUUCGUGUUCUUCAAAGAAGACGAGGACGUUUGGCCAGACAUCAAGAGUUUCUAUGAACUGUCCGAUGACUUCGAUUGCAAGAAUCUGUUGGUGCGUUGCACUGUCGGUAAGAAAAAGAAUAUUUAUUUGACAUCUUCGGCGAUGCGCGAUUUGGUCAUCCAAAAUCAGGGCACGAUCAAAUUCAUCAAUACCGGUGUCAAACUGUUCGUCAGAUCAGAUAACCGCAACAUGAAGAAGUGUCCGUUCAGAAUAGCGAAUGAUGGUCUUGAAAGUAUAUUUAAUAGCAUAGGACCUGGUCGCAGGGUGACAAUUCCUAAGGACGAUUUGAUCACCUUAUUGAUGAACGAUACUCCAGAUCAAGCACCACUCAUUGAAUCUCUUUCGGAGGUGGUGCAGGCACAAUUGAAAGAUUUGGCCGCAGGAAGUUGCGUUCUAAUUUACAAGGAGGAGGGUGAAGAUGGUUUGGUAUUGCAUUUGAGCGGAUGGAGAGGAACGACAACACUCAGAGUAUACAUGGCUCAUUGCAAUUCCGUGCAUUUGCUGAGGUUAUUAGGCGGAGAUGUUUCCAAAUUCGAUAUCAAUAAAUUCCAGAAAGCAAAGGACGAAGUUGCUAAGAAACUUGCGGAAGAAGAGAAGGCAAGUGACGAAGCAGAAACUGGUGAAGAGGAAAAGGCGAGUGAUGAAGUUGAAACUAAAACUGAAGAAAAUGUUGAAAAUAAGGACCAACCACAAGCUAAUUAAUGUUUUGUUAUCUUAUCCAUUGUAAUUGGAUAAAAGCAAUUUAAGUUAUUAUUACGGAAAAAUAAUAAUGAAGAAAUGUCUAAU